GCUCCCCGCGUCCGCUCUGCUGCCCUGAGCCGGCGAUCACCGUCCUCGCCGCUGCGCCUCGGCCACAUGGACGCCCUUUGCGGCUCCGGGGAGCUCGGCUCCAAAUUCUGGGACUCCAACCUGACUGUGUACACCAACAACCCGGACCUCACUCCCUGCUUCCAGAACUCUCUGCUGGCCUGGGUUCCCUGCAUCUACCUGUGGGCUGCCCUGCCCUGUUAUCUGUUCUACCUGAGGCACCACCGCUGUGGCUACAUUGUCCUCUCCGUCCUGUCCAGGCUCAAGACGGCCCUGGGUGUCCUGCUGUGGUGUGUCUCAUGGGCGGACCUCUUCUACUCCUUCCAUGGCCUGAUCCACGGUGGGGCCCCUGCUCCCAUCUUCUUUGUCACCCCCCUGGUGGUGGGGAUCACCAUGUUGCUGGCCACCCUAUUGAUCCAGUACGAGCGGUUGCGGGGUGUGCAGUCCUCAGGGGUCCUCAUCAUCUUCUGGUUUCUGUGUGUGGCCUGCGCCAUCAUCCCUUUCCGCUCCAAGAUCCUCUCAGCCAUAGCACAGGGCAAGAUCUCAGACCCUUUCCGUUUCACCACCUUCUAUAUCUACUUCGCCCUGGUGCUCAGUGCACUCAUCCUGUCCUGCUUCAGGGAGAGGCCGCCAUUUUUCUCCCCAGAGAAUGUCGACCCUAACCCCUGCCCAGAGGACAGCGCUGGCUUCCUCUCCCGCCUGUUUUUCUGGUGGUUCACAAAGUUGGCUAUCCUGGGCUACCGGCGUCCCCUGGAGGCUCAGGACCUCUGGUCCCUGAACAAGGAGGACUGUUCCCACAUUGUGGUGCAGCGACUGCUCAAGGCAUGGCAAAAGCAACAGAACGGAGCUGCAGGAUCCAAGGCUACAGCAGCAAAUGGGAAGAAAGUUUCUGGUGAGGACCAGGUGCUGUUGGGCGGCCCACUCAGGUCCCGGGAGCCCUCCUUCCUGCGGGCCCUGCUGACUACCUUCACCUCCAGCUUACUCAUCAGUGCUUGCUUCAAGCUGAUCCAAGAUCUACUCAGCUUUGUCAACCCACAGCUACUCAGUAUGCUGAUCCGGUUCAUCUCUAACCCUGAGGCCCCCACCUGGUGGGGCUUCCUGCUGGCCGGGCUGAUGUUCCUGUCCUCCAUGAUGCAGACACUGAUCUUACACCAGUAUUUCCACUGCAUCUUCGUGUCAGCCUUGAGGCUUCGCACGGCCAUCAUGGGUGUCCUCUAUAGGAAGGCACUGGUCAUCACCAAUUCAGUCAAACGUGAAUCUACUGUGGGAGAAAUGGUCAACCUGAUGUCCGUGGACGCCCAGCGCUUCAUGGACGUGUCCCCUUUCCUUAACCUGCUGUGGUCAACACCGCUGCAGAUCAUCCUGGCAAUCUACUUCCUCUGGCAGAUCCUGGGUCCCUCUGUCCUGGCUGGAGUGGCUGUCAUGAUCUUGCUGAUUCCACUCAAUGGAGCUGUGGCUAUGAAAAUGCGAACCUUCCAGGUGCAACAGAUGAAGCUUAAGGACUCACGCAUCAAGCUGAUGAGUGAGAUUCUGGGUGGCAUAAAGGUGCUGAAGCUGUAUGCCUGGGAGCCCAGCUUCUUGGAGCAGGUGCAGAGCAUCAGGCAGGGUGAGCUCCAGCUCCUGAGCAAAAGUGCUUACCUGCAGGCCAUAUCCACCUUCAUCUGGGUCUGCACCCCCUUCCUGGUAACACUGAUCACCCUCGGGGUGUACGUGUGUGUGGACGAGAACAACGUGCUGGAUGCUGAGAAGGCCUUCGUCUCUGUGUCCUUGUUCAAUAUCUUAAAGACCCCUCUCAACAUGCUGCCCCAGUUAAUCAGCAACCUGACCCAGACCAGCGUGUCUCUGAAACGGAUCCAGCAUUUCCUGAUCCAAGAUGAACUUGACCCCCAGUGUGUGGAGAGAAAGACCAUCUCCCCAGGCUACGCCAUCACCAUACACAAUGGUACCUUCACCUGGGCCCAGGACUUGUCUCCCACCCUGCACAGCCUAAACAUCCAGAUCCAGAAAGGAGCACUAGUGGCCGUGGUGGGGCCUGUGGGCUGUGGGAAGUCCUCCCUGGUGUCUGCCCUGCUGGGGGAGAUGGAGAAGCUGGAAGGCACAGUGUCUGUGAAGGGCUCUGUGGCCUACGUGCCCCAGCAGGCGUGGAUCCAGAACUGCACUCUGCAGGAAAAUGUGCUGUUUGGCCGAGCCAUGAACCCUAAGCACUACCAACAGGCUCUGGAGACAUGUGCCCUGCUAUCUGACCUGGAGGUGCUGCCUGGUGGAGACCAGACAGAGAUUGGAGAGAAGGGCAUUAACCUGUCUGGGGGCCAGAGGCAGAGGGUCAGUCUGGCCCGAGCUGUUUACAGUGACUCCGACAUUUUUUUACUGGAUGACCCAUUAUCAGCUGUGGACUCCCAUGUGGCCAAACAUAUCUUUGACAAAGUGAUUGGGCCAGAAGGUGUGCUGGCAGGCAAGACUCGGGUGCUGGUGACCCAUGGUGUCAGCUUCCUGUCCCAGACAGACUUCAUCAUAGUACUAGCCAACGGACAGGUGUCUGAAAUGGGCCACUACUCAGCACUGCUGCAGCAUGAUGGCUCCUUUGCCAACUUCCUCCGCAACUACGCACUGGAUGAGAAUAUGGAACCCCUCGAAGAUGGCCCAAUCGCCUUGGAAAAUGUAGAUGAGGAGAUGCUACUGAUCGAAGACACACUCAGCACCAACACAGACCUGGCAGAUAAUGAGCCAGUCGUAUAUGAGGUCCGGAAACAGUUUAUGAGACAGCUGAGCACCAUGUCCUCAGAAGGAGAGGGACAGGGCCGGCCUGUGUCCAGGAGACACCUGAGUCAAUCAGAGAAGAUGGUGCAGGUGACAAAGGCGAAGGAGACUGGGGCACUAAUCCAGGAGGAGAAGGCAGAGACUGGCACUGUGAAGCCGAGUGUAUUCUGGGAUUAUGCCAAGGCUGUGGGGCUCUGUACCACGGUGGCUAUCUGUUUCCUGUAUGCUGGCCAAAGUUCAGCUGCCAUUGGGGCUAACGUGUGGCUCAGCGACUGGACCAACGAUGCUGUGGUGGAUGGGAAACAAAAUAACACCUACUUACGACUGGGAGUCUAUGCUGCUUUGGGAAUUCUGCAAGGAGUCCUGGUGAUGCUGUCUGCCUUUACUAUGGCUGUGGGUGGCAUCCAGGCUGCACGCCUGCUGCACGAGGCACUGCUGCACAACAAGAUGCGCUCACCACAGUCCUUCUUUGACACGACGCCCUCAGGCCGUAUCCUCAAUCGCUUCUCCAAGGACAUCUAUGUCAUUGAUGAGGUUCUGGCCCCCACUAUCCUCAUGCUGUUCAAUUCCUUCUACAAUUCCAUCUCCACGGUUGUGGUCAUCGUGGUCAGCACACCACUCUUCAUUGUGGUUAUCCUGCCUCUGGCUGUGUUCUACGCCUUUGUUCAGCGCUUCUAUGUGGCUACAUCACGACAACUGAAGCGGCUGGAAUCGGUCAGCCGUUCACCCAUCUACUCCCACUUUUCAGAGACAGUUACUGGCACUAGUGUUAUUCGGGCCUAUGGCCGAAGCCAAGACUUCAAGGUCCUCAGUGAUACUAAGGUCGACAUCAACCAGAAGAGCUGCUACCCGUAUAUCGCCUCCAAUCGGUGGCUAGGUGUCCAUGUGGAGUUUGUGGGGAACUGUGUGGUGCUCUUUGCAGCUCUGUUUGCAGUGAUUGGGAGAAGCAGCCUGAGUCCAGGGAUGGUGGGCCUUUCUGUGUCCUAUGCCCUACAGGUGACAAUGGCUCUGAACUGGAUGAUACGGACGAUGUCAGACUUGGAGUCUAAUAUUGUAGCUGUGGAGAGAAUUAAGGAGUACUCCAAGACAGAGACAGAGGCGCCAUGGGUGGUGGAGGGCAGCCGUCCUCCCAAAGGCUGGCCCACGCAUGGGGAGGUGAAGUUCCAGAACUAUUCUGUGCGGUACCGACCUGGCCUGGAACUGGUGCUGAAGAACUUGACGCUGCACGUGCACGGUGGUGAGAAGGUGGGCAUCGUGGGCCGCACCGGGGCUGGCAAAUCGUCCAUGACGCUCUGCCUGUUCCGAAUCCUGGAGGCAGCAGAGGGGGAAAUCCGCAUUGAUGGCCUCAACAUCGCAGACAUUGGCCUCCAUGACCUGCGGUCUCAGCUGACCAUUAUCCCCCAGGAUCCCAUCCUGUUCUCGGGGACCCUGCGUAUGAACCUGGACCCCUUUGGCCGUUACUCGGAGGAGGACAUUUGGAGGGCCUUGGAGCUGUCCCACCUGCACACUUUUGUGAGCACCCAGCCAGCAGGACUGGACUUCGAGUGCUCUGAGGGUGGGGAGAAUCUCAGUGUUGGCCAGAGGCAGCUCGUGUGCCUGGCCCGAGCCCUGCUUCGAAAGAGCCGCAUCCUAGUUUUAGAUGAGGCCACAGCUGCCAUUGACCUGGAGACUGAUGACCUCAUCCAAGCGACCAUCCGCACCCAGUUUGAUACCUGCACUGUGCUGACCAUCGCCCACCGGCUUAACACGAUCAUGGAUUACACCAGGGUCCUCGUCCUAGACAAAGGGAUAGUAGCUGAAUUUGAUUCUCCAGUCAACCUCAUUGCAGCUAGAGGCAUCUUCUAUGGGAUGGCCAAAGAUGCAGGACUUGCCUAAAAUACAUUCCUGGAACUUCGUCCUGGUCUUCCUGGAAGGGAAAUGGCGCUAUGUGUUCACCAAAUGGACUUGAUGGCAAUUGAUGGGAGCAUUUGUGAGAUUUUACCUUUGUCAAGUACCUCAGAGAAUAACCUCGCUUAGUGUUAGCUUAAUUGGGGAUGAAGUGAGGCCCAACAGGAGAAUGACACACCCAGGGUCGCAGCUAGUUUGAAGCAGAGCCUAGAUAGUGCCUGUGUCUCCUGAUUCCCAAUCUAGUGUUAUUUCCAUUCUGCACUGUUUUUAAAUACUCAUUUCAUAAGAUGACCUCUGUCUAAUUUUUCACAUUUUCUAAAGUUUUUUUUUUUUUAAAAUAAAUCUGUUUCCUCCUGGAACCAAAGACUGCUAGGUCAGGCUGUCCUAGGAAUGGAGUCCUAUACUCUUGCUACUGCCUGAAUCCAUUACAAAUGGAGUGUGGGUGAAAUAAAGCUGUGUGGUCGACCACAUACAUACCUGGUGCUGCCUUUUCCUGCCUAUGAGGUUUGGGGGUUAGGA